AUGGCUCAAGAAGAGAUGGAAGUUGAUCUCCAACCAGCGGCUGGUUACUCUGUAGAGAACCUCAGGACGCUUCCCACAGAGCCCUCUGCUCACGCAGCGCUGUCAUCCCAUGCUCCAGUGCUCGAUGAAGGAGAAGGCAGCAUUACAGUUCUUCCUGCUGCUGAUGCUGUUGUCAUACCAAAUGCUGGUACCGCAAGGGAAGCACCUGCUGAUCCAGACCCACAGUUGCAUCCUCCUGUGGCUCUCAAUGGACUGCAAAGGCUACAAGGGGCAUUUGAUCCGUAUCGGCCAUUGCCUGUGCCACAUGUUACGCAGCGUCCGCGAGUGAGGAGAGCUCGCAGGCAACAGAGAAUUGGUGGUUCCCAGAGGACAAUCAGUGCCAGGGCAGCAUUGGACAGUUACUUUCAACUCAGCAGGACCCAGGAGCCAGCUACAGGACCAGUUCCGCAUCUGGAGCCCUCGAAUAUUGCGAGGGACAACCAGGAACACAGCUCAGAUGAAACGAUAGUAGUGAGCGACUCUGAUGGCAGCACUUCUGCUGAGGAGGAGGAAGCGGUGGAGGCUGCAACACCGCUGUUACCAUCAGCCCAGGAGACACCUCCAGCAGCUAGUUCCAGAGUUUCCAGUCAGGUCCAAGCAGAGCCAUCUCAAGCUUUGUCUCAAGCUUCUGCAGAACAUGGAAGUCAUGAAGAUGAAGAGGCUGAAGUCCAGCAAAAACAGAGAACUCCGCUAAAGAAAUUGGAGCCAUCAGUUCCUGUUGUACCACUGGAUGAGGAGGAAGGGGAUACCUGUGCAAUCUGCUUUGAGCAGUGGACCAACGCUGGGGACCACCGUCUCUCUGCGUUGCGGUGUGGACACCUGUUUGGUUACACGUGCAUUGAAAGGUGGCUCAAGGGACAGGCAGGGAAGUGCCCUCAGUGCAAUAAGAAAGCAAAACGUUCUGACAUUGUGGUCCUGUAUGCUCGCACUUUGAAAGCGCUGGAUACCAGUGAACAGGAACGCAUGAAAAGCUCUUUAGAAAAGGAGCAAAUGUUGCGGAGACAGGCAGAGCUGGAAUCUGCACAGAGCCGUCUCCAGUUGCAGGUUUUGACAGACGAAUGCACCAAACUCCGCAAGCAAGUGCAGGAGCUGAAGGCUCUGGUGGCCCAGCACAAUGUGAAUGCGUCUCAGCACCCUGGCAGUUCCCGCGCCUGUCUCCCAGGCAGCCUCCCCUCCAGCCAAAGCCAGCGCAAGUACCACUUGGAAAAGGUUUUUUUGGUGUCUCAGACUGGGAACUGCAGAGUAAUGGCAUACUGUGACUCGCUGAGUUGUCUCGUCGUAUCACAGCCUUCUCCACAGUCUACUUUCGUUCCUGGUUGUGGCGUUAAGAUGAUGAGCGUGGCCAAUCUGAAGAGCAGUCAGUACAUCCCCAUCCAUAGUAAACAGAUUCGGGGACUGGCUUUCGGCAAUCGAGCAGAUGGCUUGCUGCUCUCUGCUGCUCUGGACAACACUCUCAAACUUACCAGCUUGGCAACAAAUACUGUGGUGCAGACAUACAAUACUGGCCGUCCUGUCUGGAGCUGCUGCUGGUGUCUCGAUGAUACAAACUACAUCUACGCUGGAUUGGUCAAUGGCUCUAUCAUGAUAUACGAUUUGAGAGACACAAAUUCUCACGUCCAGGAACUAGUCCCUCAGAAGUCCAGGUGCCCUAUGGUAUCGCUGUCCUAUCUGCCCCGGAUGGCCUCAGCGUCACUACCUUAUGGUGGAAUAUUAGCCGGGACCUUGGAAGGAGCCUGCUUUUGGGAACAGAAAGCUGGCAACUCCUAUCGGCCUCAUCACCUGCCACUGGAACCCGGCGGGUGCAUCGAUAUUCAAACAGAGAUCAGCACACGGCACUGCCUCGCGACCUACAGACCUAGUAAAAAUAACCCAUGUGUGCGUUGUGUGAUGAUGGAACUGACUUGCAGCCCACUGACAGAGGCUUCUGAAGAUGUAGUGUGUUCUUCUAACCCAGUUCAGACUUUCAGUGCUGGACCCACCUGCAAGUUGCUGACCAAGAACGCCAUUUUUCAGAGCCCGGAGGAGGACGGCAGCGUCUUUGUGUGUGCUGGUGACGAGGCAUCUAAUUCUGCCCUGCUCUGGGAUGCUGGAAGUGGCUCCUUGCUGCAGAAGCUGCAGGCUGACCUGCCUGUGUUGGAUAUUUGCCCCUUGGAAGUGAACCAAACCCACCUCCUGGCUACUCUGACCGAGAAGAUGGUGAAGAUCUACAAGUGGCAGUGAGAGUGGUCCCUGCUCUUGCCACAGAGAGGCUUUCCAG